AUGUCAACCGCCACUGAGCCUGUCCGAAAGGCCAUGCCUUCUGCAUUGACUUUUGAUCGUCACGCGAAAUGUUCGACUACGAAAGCCCGCGCGAGUACCCUCCAUCUUCCCCACGGCUCCGUCCCUCUGCCGAUUUUUAUGCCUGUCGCAACGCAAGCGUCCCUCAAAGGCUUGACAUAUGACCAGUUGCGCGAAACGGGGUGUAUGCUCUGCUUGAACAAUACAUAUCAUCUUGGCUUGAAACCGGGUCAAGAGGUGCUGGACGCUGUGGGUGGCGCGCAUAAGUUCCAAGGAUGGGAUCGUAAUCUUUUGACCGAUAGUGGCGGUUUCCAGAUGGUCUCGCUUCUUAAGCUUGCUACGGUCACCGAGGAAGGCGUGCGCUUCCUUAGUCCUCAUGAUGGAUCCCCUAUGCUGCUUACUCCUGAACACUCUAUUUCCCUCCAAAACUCGAUCGGCUCAGAUAUUAUCAUGCAACUAGACGAUGUGAUCGCGACUACUUCCCCAGAUCAUGCCCGAAUCAAGGAAGCCAUGGAUCGUUCAGUGCGUUGGUUAGAUCGAUGCAUUGAGGCGCAUAAAUACCCUGAGAGGCAGAACUUGUUUUGCAUUAUUCAAGGUGGUCUUGACCUGGAGCUUCGCAAGCAAUGCUGUGAGGAAAUGGUGGCUCGAGAUACUCCUGGAAUUGCGAUUGGAGGGUUGUCUGGGGGUGAAGCUAAAGAGGAGUUCUGCAAGGUGGUCGAUACAUGCACAGGGCUACUACCUGAGAAUAAACCCCGAUAUGUGAUGGGAGUGGGAUACCCCGAGGAUAUCGUUGUAGCAGUCGCUCUUGGUGCAGACAUGUUCGACUGCGUGUGGCCCACACGUACGGCGCGUUUCGGUAAUGCCAUCGUCGAUGCAGGCACCCUAAACCUUCGACACCAAAAAUACGCAAACGACUUCUCGCCUAUCGAUGAAGGCUGUGACUGCGUUUGCUGUCGCCCAACUGAUAAAGGUGGCCUCGGCGUCACAAAGGCAUAUAUACACCAUGUCACCGCAAAGGAGACCGUCGGCGCUCAUCUGCUCACUCAGCACAAUGUGCAUUACAUGCUGAAAUUGAUGGGACAUAUACGGCAGGCCAUUAUUGAAGACCGGUACCCGGCUUUCCUUCGCCAAUUCUUCUCUAAUAUAUAUGCCGGAGACAAGACAAAGUAUCCCGAGUGGGCUGUCGGUGCUCUUCGUGGUGUUGGAAUGGAUCUUCUGGAAGGUUAA